CCAGCCCAGAAAAUUACUCGAAAGCUCCGAACUCAACGAUUUAUCCACCUCUCGUCGUCGGGCCCUUUUCCUCAAUCCAUCAACCUCGACGCAGAUUGUCCACGGCCUCAAUUGUCUGGACCAGUUCCUCACCUCUCGUCUCGUCCUCUUCUCUACCUGUCCUUCGUUCUGCCACGUUUUCAAAAUGCUCUCUGCGGUGCUUAGACGGCGCGCGGUGCAAUCCACCACCUCAUUCUCCUACCAAUUCGCGCGAUGCUAUGCCUCGAAAUCUUUCCCGCCCCACACAGUGGUCACAAUGCCUGCUCUGUCCCCUACUAUGACAGCUGGUAAUAUCGGGACGUGGCAGAAGAAAGUCGGCGACUCAAUCGCUCCUGGAGAUGUACUGGUGGAGAUCGAAACCGACAAGGCACAGAUGGACUUCGAGUUCCAAGAAGAUGGUGUUUUGGCAAAGAUCUUGAAGCAAUCAGGCGAGAAGGAUAUCGCAGUUGGUAACCCUAUCGCAGUUAUGGUUGGGGAGGGUGAGGAUGCAUCGGCGUUCGAAUCAUUCACACUCGAAGAUGCUGGAGGAGAGAGCGCACCAGCACCACCACCAAAGGAGGAGGCAAGCGAAUCCUCAGAGCCUGCGGACACCAAGUCCGGAACUGCUCCACCAAAGGCCGAAUCAACACCAGCUCCCGAGCAACCCGUGUCGAGUGGGGGCAGAUUACAACCAGCUCUGGAGAGAGCACCAAAUGCAAGCGCAGCUGCUGUCAGGUUGGCAAUUGAGAGCGGAGUUAAGAUCACUGGUCUAAAAGGGACCGGAACCGGUGGACAGAUCACUGAGGCUGAUGUCAAGAAGGCUUCAUCUGGAAGCUCAUCUGCUGCACCGGGCGCCACCCCAGCAGCUUCAUAUACCGACACACCUAUCUCCUCUAUGCGCAAAACCAUCGCUAACCGCCUUACCGAGUCUAUGAACCAAAACCCCCACUACUUCGUUGCUGCCUCAGUCUCAGUUACCAAGCUCUUGAAGCUCCGUGCUGCUCUUAACGCCUCCGCAGAUGGCAAGUACAAGCUCUCAGUCAAUGAUUUCCUGAUCAAGGCCUGUGGUGUUGCAUGCAAGAAGGUUCCUACCGUCAACUCGAGCUGGAGGGACGGUUUCAUCCGCCAAUUCAACAAUGUUGAUAUCAGCGUCGCCGUUGCAACUCCAGUUGGUCUUAUGACCCCAAUCGUCAAGUCAGUUGAAGGCCUCGGACUCGAAUCCAUCUCCGCACAAGUUAAGGAUCUCGGCAAGCGCGCCAGAGACGGCAAGCUCAAGCCAGAGGAGUACCAGGGCGGAACUUUCACUAUUAGCAACAUGGGUAUGAAUUCAGCCAUCGACCGCUUCACAGCUGUCAUCAACCCCCCACAAGCUGGUAUCCUUGCUGUCGGAACCACCAAGAAGGUCGCCAUUCCCGUCGAGACAGAGGAGGGCACAUCAAUCGAGUGGGACGACCAGAUAGUAGUCACCGGUAGCUUUGACCACAAGGUUGUUGACGGUGCUGUUGGAGGCGAGUGGAUCAAGGAGUUCAAGAAGGUGGUUGAGAAUCCUUUGGAGCUGUUGCUAUAAGUUGGUGUUAAUGGACAGGACAUCGAGCUCAGAAGGUGGUGACGAAGGACUCGAAGUUGGGAGAUGGGGAGGCUCCUUGUGACUGUAAUUGGCAUAGAGAUUCCCCAUGUAACCGUGUACAAUGACCUCUGCAUUUCUUGCAACUCAAAAGAAACCUUGCGGCUCCAUUUUUUUGUGUUAUUAUUUCGCACUCGCUUGAAAAGUCGCCGAACUCUCUCAUCAAUAAGAGGACUAAAUGUCAUUGUAUCCGCCUCAAAAGGAGAGUAAGGGGUAUCCUCAAAGAGAAGAAAAUAUUGUGUAUAGUAAGUAUUUGAACUAUGUA